AUGACCAAGACGGGAAACGCCAAGGCCGUCGUGAACGGUACCACUGUCGCCGAGACGACGGAGUGGGAGGAGGUCGAGGGCAACGUCUACUUCCCGCCCUCGUCGGUCAAGUCGGACGUGCUGCAGAAGACGGACCACACGACGUUUUGCCCGUGGAAGGGCACGGCGAGCUAUUACUCGCUCAAGGUCGGCGGUGAUUAUUGCUUAGAUGACAAGUUGGACAACGCGGCUUGGUACUAUCCUACGCCCUUGGACGCUGCCAAGGAGAUUAAGGGCCAUGUUGCCUUUUACAAGAGCAAGGUUACUGUCACUGUUGAUUAA